UGCGUCCCCCAGACUUGACACUCUUGGAUCCCGGGGCAGGAUCACGGGCAGAGAUUUCUCUCAAUGGACGGAGAAGAGCGUCCGAACACUUUCCAAAGACGCCGGAGACCAAAAGAGACACGGGAACAACUUCGGACACUUCUGUUUAAGUGACGCUGAACUUUUUCAAGCUUUGUUCUUCGAGUGCGACCGAGACACGUGAAGAAUAGCUGUUGUUUUGCGCGUUCGUGGUUUUCCAGAGUAAUUUCCUGUUGGUGCUUGUUGUUGGAGCGCAGGCGAAAGUUGUGUCGCUGCUCUGGUUCCGUAUGUCGACCUUUGUACUGCGAAGUAACGCGCGUUGAAGGAGGAGGGGGCGAUUUUAAAGUCUGGGGGUGGACGUGGGAUGCCGCCGCCGCCGCCGCCGCCGCCUCCCGUGGAAAAGACAACGCGCUGAGUCCGUGCCACAAAGGAGCCCCGUCCGCGGACGGGCACGUUAUGCGGUAACGAGCGACGCACGCCGCAGUAGAAAGUUGCGGGAUCGGAGUGUGAGGAGGUGAACGUCGGGCCGCGAUGCGAAGCGGAACCGCAGAAGAGUCGGCAGGCGAACAAAGGAGGACACCGCUGCUGGACCGAGCGGGGGGGAAUGGAGGAGGACUCGCCUGAGCCAAACCAGACACGGGUCUCGCCUUCGGCCGCCGUUCGGGUCACCUACGUGGAAGAAGCCCCGUAGCGACUAAACGCCCGGUCAACACAGAACGCGCGUCUCGCUCCUCCGGCCGCGCUGCAGCGUCAGUCUCCGCGGUGUGGACAUGCGGUGGGGCGCGUUGCAGCUGCUGUGGCUCGUGCCGCUGUGCGGCUGCGCCGCGGCGCUCGGAUCGUCCGAUUGCAAAUCGUAUGACGAACGCUCGAAAAGCGCCGGCAGAAGCCCGGCGAGCGACAAGAAGGUGGUGUGCAGCAACAUGGAGCUGCAUCAGGUGCUGCCCCCGGACUCGUUCCCCAACAGGACGGUGACGCUAAUUUUAAACAACAAUAAGAUCCACGAACUCAGAAAUGGAUCUUUCUAUGGUUUGGCUGCUCUGGAAAAAUUGGACGUGAGGAGCAACGCGAUCAGUCGCAUCGAACCAGGCGCUUUCCUUGGACUGGCCGCGCUCAAGAAGCUAGACUUGUCCAACAACAGCAUCGGCUGCCUGAAUGAAGACAUCUUCAAGGGCCUGAGCAGCCUGAUCAGACUAAACCUUUCAGGAAACAAGUUUUCUUCACUGACUCAGGGGACCUUUGACAGCUUGGUGUCUCUGAAGUCGCUGGAGUUUCAGACGCCGUACCUGCUGUGCGACUGCAACCUUGUGUGGCUGCUGCGCUGGAUUAAAGACAAGAGCAUCGUGGUGAAGAACACAAAAUGCUCCUAUCCUCAGUCUCUCCAGGGUCAGCCCGUUACCGCCAUCCACCCGGAGCACCUCACCUGUGAUGCUCCACUGGAGCUGCCGUCCUUCCAGCUCACGCCGUCCCAGCGGCAGGUCGUCUUUCAGGGGGACAGCCUCCCGUUCCAGUGUCAGGCCUCGUUCGUGGCCGAAGACAUGCAGGUGCUGUGGUACCAGAACGGCCGCAUGGUCAAGCCUGACGCCGCCCAGGGCAUCUUUAUUGAGAAGCGCAUGGUGCAGAAUUGCUCCCUUAUUGCCAGUGCCUUGACCAUCUCAAACAUCCAGCCUGGUUUUACUGGGAACUGGGAGUGCCGUGUCCGGACGAGCAGGGGCAACACCACCAGGACUGUCCACAUCGUGGUGCUGGAGAGUUCUGCAAAGUACUGUGCACCUGAACGCGUCUCCAACAACAAGGGGGAGUUCAGGUGGCCGCGCACCCUGGCGGGGAUCAGAGCCUACCUGCCCUGCAACAGGCUGCCGUUCAGCGCUGGCUCCUACUCCGGCAGCUCGGGGGACGAGCAGCGGGCGUGGCGCUACUGCAGCCGUGAGGGGCUGUGGACAGAGGAGGACUACUCCCGCUGCCAGUUUCAGAAAGACGUCACUAGAUUCCUCUACGUGAUCAACCAGAUGUCCCUGAACGAGAGCAACGUGGUGCCCAGGGCGCGGCAGCUGUUGGUUUACACCAUCGAUGCUGCCAACUUCUCAGACAAGAUGGACAUCAUCUUUGUGGCUGAGAUGAUUGAGAAGUUCAGCAAGUUUGUUGAAAAGUUUAAAGACCUGGGUGAGGUGAUGGUGAGCAUGGCCAGUAACCUGAUGCUGGCGGAUGAGCGGGUGCUGUGGAUGGCCCAGCGUGAAGCCAUGGCCUGUUCCCGCAUCAUCGCCUGCCUGCAGAAGAUCGCCGUGUACCGCCUGGCAACAGCGCAGGCUUUUUCCCUGACCUCCCCCAACAUAGCAGUGGAGGCGCACGCGGUGAGGGCCAGCGACUGGAACGGCACGUCCUGCAUGCUGUUCCAGAGGCCCAGCCCCGAGCGCACACCUGGGCAGGACCGCCAGCUCACGUUCAAGUGCAACACCACGAGCUCCUUCUCCAGCAUCCUUCACAAGAGCACUUUUGUGGAGGCCUCCUUGCAGCUUCCCCAGUCCCUCUUCACCCAGGCUGCUCCCCCUGGGCAGCCGGAGGACACGGUCUACAAGCUCCAGCUACUGGGCUUCCGCAAUGGCAGGUUUUUCCCCUCCACUAGUAAUUCCUCCCACCUGGCUGAUGGAGGGAAGCGGAGGAGCGUGGCUACUCCUGUCAUCAUGGCUAAGAUAGAUGGUCUGGCCCUGCACGUGCUGCGGACCCCCGUCAACAUCACCCUGCGGCGCUUUGCCCGCGGCUCGGACGCCGUGUCCGCCUGCUGGAACCUGAGCCUAGUGGGCGGGCAUGGCGGUUGGCAGAGUGACGGCUGCCGCAUCCUCAGCCAUCACGACAACGUCACAACCAUAUCCUGCAACUCUCUUGGCUACUAUGGGCUCCUCAUGGACCUCAGCAGCGUGGAGUAUUUCGCGCCGAGCAUCCGGCCUCUGCACCCGGUCAUCUACGCAACCAGCAUUAUACUCCUGCUCUGUCUGCUCACCAUUAUCAUCAGCUACAUCUACCAUCACAAGUCUGUUCGCGUGAGCUCCAAGUUCUGGCACAUGCUGGUCAACCUCUGCUUCCACAUCUCCCUCACCUGUGGGGUCUUUGUAGGCGGCAUCAAUCAGACCCGCUACGCAAGUGUCUGCCAAGCAGUGGGCAUCCUGCUGCACUACUCCACUCUGGCUACCGCGCUGUGGGUGGGCGUGACCGCACGCAACAUCUACAAACAGGUGACGCGCAAAGCCAAGCGCUACGAGGAGCUGGACGAGCCCCCCCCACCGCCCCGGCCCAUGCUGAGGUUCUACUUAAUCGGCGGAGGGAUACCCAUCAUCGUCUGCGGGAUCACUGCUGCAGCCAACAUCAAAAACUACGGCAGCCGGACCAAUGCCCCGUACUGCUGGAUGGCGUGGGAGCCCAGCAUCGGCGCUUUCUACGGACCCGCGGGAUUCAUCCUCUUCGUGGACUGCAUGUACUUCCUCAGCAUCCUGCUGCAGCUCCGCCGCCACCCCGAGCGCCGCUACGAGCUCAAGGAGCAGACGGAGGAGCAGCAGCAUCUGGCCGAGGCCGGGCCGGACCACCGCCCCCCCCUCGCCCUGCAGCCGCACGAGGCCGCGCCCCCGGCGGCGUCCGCGCCCUGCGCCGUGCCGCUGUCGGCGCUGGAGAACGAGCACAGCUUUGCUGCGCAGCUGAUGGGCGCUGCGGGGGCGCUGGGGCUGUACGCAGCGCUCUGGGUGUUCGGGGCCAUGGCUGUGUCGCAGGACCACCCCUACGACCUGGCCUUCACCUGCCUGUUCGGCGUGGCCGCGCUGGCGCUGGGGGCGUUCAUGGUGGCGCAUCACUGCGUCAACCGGCAGGACAUGAGGCGCUACUGGUCCCAGGCGUGCUGCUCCGGCAGACGGGCCUACUCCGCCCAGGAGGACCUCCUCCUGCCCCAGACCGGAGCGGCCCUGCCGGCGGCGGGAGGCGCCAUCAAGGCCGACGGGGACUCGAAGUGCGGCCACAGCAGCGCCGACUCUUCGUACACCAACAGGAGCGGCCCGAGCGCGCGCCACUCGGCCCACGGCAGCAAGCUGACCAACCUGCACGCGGAGGCGGCCCAGUGCAAGUCGGCCUCGGCGCCGGCCAACGGGGCGGCGCUUCUGGACAACAGCCUGACGGAGCACUCGCUGGACAACGACAGCAAGAUGCACGUGGCGCCCGUGGAGGUCCAGUUCCGGCCCAUGAACAACAUCAGCAACCCGGCGGCCGCCACCAACGGGCACGCGGGCCGGCACCACAAGAACCGGGCGCGGGCGCACCGGGCCAGCCGCCUCACGGUGCUGCGGGAGUACGCCUACGACGUGCCCACCAGCGUGGACGGCAGCGUGCAGAGCGCCCCCCACGGCCGGCGCCACCACCACUACGACGUGGCGGCGCGCAGCAGCCGCAGGGCGGCGUACAUGGCGUACCGGGAGCGGCACCAGAGCCAGAUGCAGCAGGACAGCAGCGACAGCGCCAGCCUGCCGCGCCGCUCGCGCUGCUCGGACAGAGGCGGCGGCGCCGGCACCCUGGGGAGCGGGGCGGCCGUGGAGGCGGAGCCUCGGGUGGCGGCAUCCAGCUCCAGUCAGGACACGGGGCCCGUGAAGCAGGGCAGCAGCACCGAGCUGGAGAACCUGCCCAAGUCGUACGGGCUGAACCUCAUCACGCAGAACGGCGGCGCGCCUAAGGAGAACGGCCAGGCGAUGCCUUUACUGACCGCUGAGAGUGCAGGAAGUGUGAAGACUGGGCUGUGGAAACAUGAAACUACUGUGUAGCAACAGUUCCUCAAAGACUUUGUAGCCACAUGUCGGCCUUUAAACUGUGAAGUGACUUUUUUCGGACUGUACAUAUUAUAUCUACAUUAAAGAGUCCUUUUUGAAAAUAAUUAUUGAGAAAAAACCUAGCUACAAUGCUGCCACUGAACUGUCUUUGUAGAUACAUUUUUGUAAAUGGUUUAUUUUUAUAACAUUUAUUUUGAAAUAACACGCAUGGUCUGAGCUGUUGCCCUGUGCAGAGUUUUACCCUGAGGCUUUUUUCCAUUUUCUAGUUUGUUCCUAAUGAUUAUAAUAUUAAUAAUAAUAAAACAGAGGUUCUAUCUGCCUAAUUAGAA